GUGACACUGACAUUGACAUUUUAACAACUAAACAUUGACAAAUAAUAAUAAAUCUAAAUUCCAUAUAAAAAUCAUCAAAGGAAUCGUCUAAAAAUGAUGUUAACUUUAGAUUUAAAUCAUCUAGAAAAAAUUGAAGAAGUUCGUAAUGAAAAACAAGACGAACCAGACGAAAUCUAUGAUACUUUUGUUCAAAAUUUAGCAACCUAUCAUUUUGAGGUGAAAGCUAUAAUUCAGGACAUUUUGGAGUGUCAAGAUUCUAUGGAAACUUUAAAUGAACUUAAUGAAAAAGGCAGAGCUAAAAUAACUUUAUUAAGGGAAGAAUUAGAUAAUUUAGAUGCUCAUGCUACUGAUAUGAAUGAUCAAAAAUAUUUUCUGGAGGCGGUUUCUCAGAGGCAUCUAUUAGCCGGCCUCCUUAAAGAAUUUAAAGACGCAAAUAUAUGUAGUAUGUUUGCAAUUGAGAGAGCUCAGAGAGACGAUUUAUUGAAGGCAGGUGAAGGAGAAGAAGUUGUUUUAAGAAAUAGGAAAAAGAAAGUUGACCGAGAUGGCUUAUUGAAAAUGUCUACAGGGGUAACCGAACAACUGCUCUCUAUUAGUCGACAAUUAGCAGCAACAACCCAGCGGAGUCAAGACACAUUAGAUAGCUUGGUGUCUUCUAGCUCCACGGUGCAUGGCACGCAAGCAGAACUUCAAAACACAGGCAGUACAAUCACGCAGUCAAGUAAACUUUUGAAGAAGUAUGGACGAAGAGAGUUCACUGAUAAAGUGAUCAUGUUUUUCGCAUUCCUCUUCUUUCUAGCCGUCUGUUUGUAUAUCGUUCAAAAGAGGUUGUUUUAAUGAUAAAAUUAUUGUUUUAUAAUUUUCUAUUCAAAAUUUAUUUAUUUGUAUAAUAAGCUUUUAUUUUUAAUUUUAUGUAUUAAACAAAUUGUGUGUAUAUUUA